GUGCGGGUACGCCGGAAGGAAGCAGGAUGGCGGGCGACCAGUUGGACUCGUCCGAGCCGCGGAAACGGCGUAAGACGGCGGAGUUGCAAGCAUCCGCUAGUGAAUGGGAUGCAUUCUUCGCGAGGGUCCAGCAAUUUGAUGUGCAGUUUGUCCAGAGCAAGGGCAAGUUUGCCUUUUCUUUCGUUGAAGGGCCGCUUGUAAAAGCGUUGAGAUCUGGAGAUUGGAUUUUGCUUGACGAGAUAAACCUUGCUAGUUCAGAGACAUUGGAAUGUAUAUCCAGUCUACUCCAUGAUCCCAAUGGCUCCAUCACGCUCACGGAGCAAGGCCACCUUGAGCCCGUUCCCCGACAUCCUGAUUUCCGACUGUUUGCGUGCAUGAACCCAGCGACUGACGUCGGAAAGAAAGACCUACCUCCAACGGUCCGCUCUCGUUUCACGGAGAUACAAGUCUCCCCACCUGACGCAGACAGGGAUACCUUGCUGAGCAUCGUCUCGCAGUACAUUGGGCCCUCCGCCGUUGGCGAUAAGGCCGCUAUCAUGGACGUCGCAGAGUACUACACUGCCAUGAAAAGGUUGGCUGACGGACGCGAAGUCGCUGACGGAUCAAACCACAGGCCUCACUAUAGCAUGCGUACCUUGGCGCGCGCUUUAACGUUUGCUUCAGAUAUGACAGGGUCUUUCGGUUUGAGGCGUGCUCUGUGGGAAGGGUGCUUGAUGGCUUUUACCAUGGUCCUGAACGGACCCAGUGCUGAGCUUGCCUUGUCCAUAGCUCAGAAGCACCUCCUAUCUAGAGUGAAGAACGCUCGCUCUCUGUUGUCGAAGGAGCCCGUUCCUCCUCGCUCGAGCUCGGGCUCCGACUUUGUCAAGGUUGGGCCCUUCUAUCUGGAAAAGGGACCCGUGCCGGAAGAUCUCAUUGACGACUACAUCAUGACGCCGUCGGUAGAGAGGAAGCUCAUUGACUUAGCUAGAAUCAUCACGACUCGCCGUUUCCCUGUACUGAUCGAAGGCCCUACAUCGAGCGGAAAGACUAGUUCUAUUGAAUAUCUUGCUCGGCGAACAGGGCAUCGAUUCGUUCGGAUCAACAACCACGAACAUACAGAUAUACAAGAAUAUAUAGGAACCUAUGUCCCUGAUCCAGAGACCGGGAAGCUCGUGUUCAAGGAUGGCCUGUUGGUACAUGCUCUCCGACAUGGGCACUGGAUAGUCUUGGACGAAUUGAAUCUGGCGCCGACGGACGUUCUUGAAGCUCUGAAUAGGCUGCUUGACGAUAAUCGCGAGUUGAUGAUCCCGGAGACUCAAGAAGUAGUUCGGCCGCAUCCACAUUUUAUGCUGUUCGCGACUCAAAAUCCUCCAGGUCUCUAUGGUGGCAGGAAGGUCUUAUCGCGGGCAUUCCGCAAUCGGUUCUUAGAAGUGCAUUUUGAAGACGUACCCCAAGCAGAACUAGAGACGAUUCUAUGUCAACGCUGCCGGAUCGCACCCUCUUAUGGGCAGCGUAUCGUUGCUGUCUUCCGAGAAUUGCAGAAACGGCGCCAGUCCAGUCGAGUGUUCGAGAGCAAGCAUGGCUUCGCGACGUUGCGGGAUCUCUUCCGUUGGGCAGGGAGAGGCGCCGUCGGUUAUCAAGAGCUAGCCAAUGACGGUUACAUGUUGUUGGCGGAGCGAGCUCGACGAGAGGAUGAUAAGGCCGUCGUGAAGGAGGUCAUUGAGUUGAUCAUGAAGGUCACCAUACACGAGAAGGCACUGUACGGAUUAGAUAGGUCGAAGGCAGAACUGGAGGAGUAUCUCGGAUGCACGGUUCCAUCAGGGCCUGGCUUGAUCUGGACGGAAGCAAUGCGCCGACUGUUCAUCCUUCUGUGCAGAGCACUCAAGCAUAACGAGCCAGUUCUUUUGGUUGGCGAAACUGGAUCUGGAAAGACCUCCG